UGCUCUAUAUGCCACAAGGCCACUGGUCUCUAUGACCACAAGGCCUAGCACAAAGCCCACAAGCCGUCUUGCAACUUGGUGCAAGCCACUGAUCUCAAUGUGCAAGCCACGUGCAAGCCGUUGACAAGACUUGCUCUCUGUUCUCAGGUUCAACUCAGGUUGUCCUCACUCUUCCCUCUCAAAGCCUGCCAAGCCAAAGCCAGCCAAAGCCCCAAAGCCAAGCCAAGCUGGCCAAGACCGCCUCCUGCUGCCCUCUCUCCGCCUCAGCCUCUCUCCACAUCCACAACCAAGCCGACCAAGCGGGAAGAAGAAGAAAGAAGAUUCUUGAUCUCGCUUGCACCCAUCUCGCCGGUUUCGCCCGGCGGAAAACCCUAGAGGAAAACGAUAAACACUCUGGAGACGAAGCAGUCGCGUCUCGUUCAAGUCAAGGCGGCGGCAAGGGGCCACAUCUUCGCCACAUCGAACAAGCAUCAUGGCCAAAGGAGGAGGACCACACAACGCCGAGAGCUGUCCCUUCAGCUCGGGAGGCACACCGACGUCGGUGAUGAUCUGUUCCAUCAUCGGACUCGUGUUCGUGGUCUACGUGCUCGUCAAGCUGCUCAUUUCGCUGUGGCGAGGUUUCUACACUUGCUUCCUCGCACGCUGGCUCGGUUUCACCGCCGACUUCAGAAAGAUGGGCGAAUGGGCGGUGAUCACCGGAGCGUCGGAUGGCAUCGGUAGAGCGUACGCAGAAGAGUUGGCGGCGCGGGGACUUAAUGUGGUGCUCAUCAGCAGGACGUUGGAGAAACUCCAGGAAGUUGCCAGCGAAAUCGAGAAAGCAUACAAGGUCAAGACCAAGGUCAUUUCUGCAGACUUCACCGGGGGCAACGAGAUCUAUGAGGUCAUAAGACGGGAACUCGAAGGCCUGGAAGUUGGAGUCCUGGUAAACAACGUGGGCACAAGCUACUCCUACCCCGAGUUCUUCAGCGCCGUUCCAGAAGGUGACAAGGUCAUGGACGGCAUCAUCAGGGCCAACUGCCUCGCGGGAACCAUGAUGACUCGAAUUUGCCUGCCCCAAAUGGACGAGCGCCGCCGUGGCGCCAUCAUCAAUGUCUCUUCAAUCUCUGCCAUGCAUCCACUUCCACUGCUCAGCACUUACGCUGCAUCGAAGGCCUACAUGGACUACCUCUCUCAAGGUCUGCAAGCCGAAUACAGGGAACGCGGCGUCUACAUCCAGUCGGUGAUGCCAGCCUACGUGUCGACCAAGAUGUCCAAGAUCCGCAAAGCGAGCUACAUGGUGCCCACGGCCAAGACCUACGUCAGGGAGGCCCUGAACACGGUCGGCGUGGAGCACGCUACCUAUGGCUACCUGCCCCACAAGUUCAGGGCGUACGUCCAGGAGACUCUGAAGAACUGGCUGCCGCACGACAUGUUCAUGAACAUCUCCCGCUCGUCGCUGCUCUCCAUCCGCCAGCUCUACUACAAGAAGAAGGGAGUGGAGGACGUGUUCCUGGGCAAGGGAAAGAAAACCCACUAGUGCAACUCUGCACUUUGUUGGGAACCGCCGGAUGCAUCGAGGGGGGGCCGAGUUCACGAGGACUGGUCACGUGGGGUAACUUGCCGUUUGUUCAGACAGUGCCGAGUUCUGUGUUCAUGUUGCGUGUUGCUUUGUUUCGUUGCGCAUUCCAUUUUGGGAAGGGGGAUGCGUGUCUUUGUUUCAGGAGCUCAAUAAAAUUUUUCUCACUUCGUCC